GUCACGGUCCGGUGCAGCAGCAGCAGCAGCAGCAGUGUGUUCCCAUCACGAAGAGAGAGAGAGAGAGCGGGACUGAACGGAAAGCAACAUCACCGCCUUUUCCAACCAGCAUCCUCACCGACCAACACCGAACUCGAGUGGGAAGUACACUCAGACUGUCCUCCGGUGUCCAGAGUUCCCCACCUCCUCCUCCUCCUCCGCAAAAUGUCCGUGGGCAGUGACUUUGGGAACCCUUUAAGAAAAUUCAAACUCGUCUUUCUGGGGGAGCAAAGUGUUGGAAAGACGUCUCUGAUCACACGGUUCAUGUAUGACAGCUUUGACAACACAUAUCAGGCCACAAUUGGAAUUGACUUCCUGUCGAAAACGAUGUACUUGGAAGAUCGAACGCUUUCUCUCUCUGAACCCCAGGUGAGGUUGCAGCUCUGGGACACGGCGGGACAAGAGCGCUUCAGGAGCCUCAUUCCCAGUUAUAUACGGGACUCCACUGUGGCUGUGGUGGUCUACGACAUUACAAAUGUUAAUUCAUUCCAGCAGACGUCGAAAUGGAUUGAGGACGUGCGAACAGAGAGAGGAAGUGAUGUCAUCAUUAUGCUUGUCGGCAAUAAAACAGACCUGGCAGAUAAGAGGCAAAUCACAAUUGAAGAAGGUGAACAGAGGGCUAAAGAGCUGAGUGUCAUGUUCAUAGAGACCAGCGCCAAGACGGGUUAUAACGUCAAACAGCUGUUUCGGCGUGUGGCAGCUGCUCUUCCAGGAAUGGAAAGUAUGCAAGAAACAAGCAAAGAAGGGAUGAUCGACAUCAAGUUGGACAAACCGCAGGAGACCCAGACUACUGAAGGCGGCUGUUCCUGUUAAUACUCAGCACCGUCCUGGAAAAAGAUCAUUUACACCACAUGCUUGUUUUGUUGCUUCCUAUUGGUUAACCUGCAGUUGACUUUGCACGUUGAGAAUCUGGCCUCCUCACCUGACUACUGGUCAUCAGUUGGAACUAGCAAUAUGUGAAAUUGGUUCUAAAGUAGCGUAGCCUACUUUGUUAAUGAAACUGCCAAAAAGUCUUAGAACUUGCAAAAAAAAAAAGAAAGAUGUGAAAAAAAAUCCCAUAAGUUGCAUAUGUGGAAACAUUUUUUUUUAAGUAGUAUAGGAAGUUUCCCCAGUUUCUUUUUUGUAUAUUUUUGUAAAUUCAGGGAAGUCUCUCUGGAAAGGUUGUUUUUUUAAAAGAUGCAAACAUCUAAGCUCUGUAUUUGAGAGCUUGAUUUGAACAGAUGGUUUCAGAGGUAUUUUUGUGGAUCCCACUCUUGUUACAGGCAAAAAUGGAGGUCCUCCCCACAUUAUACCCAAAUAUUAACCACAUGGAACACUUCUCUAACAUAACCAUUUUUGACUUUACCAUCUCAAAGCUUAUUACCUAAAUAUAACCAUUUUUUAUCUUAAGCCUAAACGCAGCCUUCUGAUUCAGCGGGCCAAUCACAGCCCUCCUGCCCAUAACCCCUGUGGGAUCCAUAAUUUUGUGUUCCAGAUGUUACAGGAAAAACUGAACAGUAACAUCUUGAGUAUGUAAUGCAUGCCUAGUUUUCCAACAUAGGUACUGUCUACCAGUGUACACAAGUUUGAAUAUGUAAAUGGUAACAUUACACCAGUGACUUAAUGCACUCUGAUAAUGACUAGUCCCAGUCUUUUUGGUUUAUGAAAACUGUUGAACUGGAUUUGUAUACUUGACAUCAGAAUAUCGUGCGUGUGUGUAAAUGUAUGCUUUCUGUAUAGGCAACGUUAGAAUGCAGUCAUAUAGAGGGCCACUGCCAAGUCGUGUUGUUCUUGCCACAUUGCGGCACCAUUUAGAUCACCAUUUUGUUGCUGUCAUAGACUCUCCCCACUCACAACAAUAUGACAUCUGCUGUUGCGUUGUGUGAUAUCUUGGUAGUUUGUGAUUACGGUAGUCUGCACAUAUGCUGUAAGUGAGCAGUGGCGAGUCAAAGCCCUUGCCUUGUGUCACAGCGGGACAUAAACACAAAGUUCCCUGUGCGGUGAUCUGUAGACUUUAAUGCAGGUUCUGUGACCAAAACAGACCUUUAACUUUGUAAAUCAGUGCAUUGUUUCAUUCCUGACAAACGACUAAUUUGCACAUGUAGACCUUUCAGGUUAAUAUGAAGUUAUGAAAAGCUUCAUUGUAAAUGUACAGCCACUUAAUUCAAGACCUUUCUGAUUGUCAUAGAAACUGUCACUGUAACGUGUCCCCACUGAGAUGAGGUUUUCUUUGCUGCUUUUGUUUAAACAGACUACUGACGUUGGCGUUAUGCAAUGUUGCAGUGUUGUUAAAAUUUGCCCUUUUUUUUCUCUCUUUAUUUUUUUUUUUUUGAGCCAGGUAUCAUAACGUACUGGUGGUGAGGUCAGCCAGUGUUGAGAACACUACAUUGAUUUGACUCGUCUUUGAAGUGAAAUCGUUCUGCACUUUUUAAGAACAUGUUUUAGAGUUAGAGUGACGAAGUAAGUCUUAGAAACAUGAUUAAAAAAACAACAACUUUAUCUCCAAAACAUUUGGAGUUCUGUGUCGUAGAGUAGAUUAGAACAUUUAGGAAUCGUUCACACAUGCCCAAAAAGGUGAGCACUCUUGUGAAAGCUAGUGAACCUUUCUAACCCACAUAAUGAGCCAAAUAAUAAUAAUAAUAAUAAAAAUACUAAGAGACAGAGUUGGUUUAGAUAUUACAGGAGAUCUUGACUGGAACGCACCCUUUUCUGGGUUUGGGAAUGACAAAGACAGGUCGCCCUUUCAAGUUAUAAUCCCUCGAAAUGCAAAAAAAAGUAAUAUUGUAUCAACCCUCUGUGUUGCUGUCUAUUUAUUAUCUGGAAACAGGAAUGUACUGCUCUCAUUACCAACCACACAGCCUUGUAAAGAGAGCACUUUUUCAGCUGGGUUUGUAUUUUUAAAUGAGGACAAAAGAUUAAUCAGUUAGACGUUCCUUUGUAUUUAUUCCCCUUAUAUAUUAAAGUAGAGUACACCUUUGUUUCCUUAAGCCCUGUUUAAACAUUCCCUGGAAAUGGACCAAGUAAUGCAACGAAUGUCUGCAUGUCAGGGGUCUGCAUUUGAGGAUGGAGGCCAUGGCCAUUUCGGGGUGGGGUGGGGGUGGGUGUAUGUUCUGUCACAGCUCUGUGCAGCAGACCUGAUCAGUCCAGAGCUGGCUCUCCAUUCACACUGUACAGAGAUCUAGCAUGUCUCUCCAAAUGAUUAAUAAAGAUGUCUUAUUACCAAAGUCAA